AGGCCCUUCCUCAAGUGUCUGGAGCUCAGAGAUGCGGCCCAGGGGAGGGAACUGUAGCUAGGUCAGGAGGCCAUGCUUGCUGUUGCUUCCAGAUCCCAUGUCAGCACCGAGUCCUCAGAUGUUGGUGGCAGCGGCUCAGCAGACCCUGGGCAUGGGAAAGAGACGGUGCCCACCCCGAGCCGUCUGCCUUCACCUUGCUGGAGAGGUGCUGGCUGUGGCCCGGGGACUGAAGCCAGCUCUGCUCUAUGAUUGCAGUUGUGCAGGGGCAUCAGAGCUCCAGAGCUAUCUGGAGGAACUGCAGAGCAUGGGCUUCCUGACCCAGGGACUUCACAUCCUUGAGAUUGGAGAAAACAGCUUGAUUGUCAGUCCUGAACACGUAUGUCCGCACUUGGAGCAGGUGCUGCUUGGUACCAUAGCCUUUGUGGAUGUUUCUGGCUCCCAACCUCACCCUUCUAUUUGCUCCCUGGACGAGCUUCAGGAUUUGAAGGCCCUAGUGGCUGAGAUCAUCACGCAUUUGCAAGGGCUGCAGAGGGACCUAUCCCUGGCAGUCUCCUGCAGCAGACUUCGUUCCUCAGACUGGAAUCUCUGUACUGUGUUUGGGAUCCUCCUGGGCUAUCCUGUUCCGUAUACCUUUCAUCUGAACCAGGGACUUGACAACUGCUUAGCCCUGACCCCACUCCGGGUGUUCACUGCCCGGAUCUCAUGGCUGUGUGGUCAUCCCCCAGUCUUACUCUAUUCCUUUAGUGUGCCAGAGAGCUUGUUCCCAGCCCUGAGGGAGAUUCUAAGUACUUGGGAGAAGGACCUUAGAACUCGAUGUAGGACUCAGAAUGACUUUGCUGACCUGAGCAUCUCCUCUCAGAUAGUUACGCUGCCAGCAGUGGCUCUCUGACUUUCACUCUUCUCUCAUGUAGAAGGUACUC